GUGCGGCGGCGGCGGGCCCGGGCGCGGGGCCGGUCCCGGUGGCGGUGGCGGUGCCGGGCAUGGUGCGGGCGGUGCCCGCCGCGUGAGCGCUGCCCGCCGCCGCCAUGAACGGCGCGGCCCCGCCGCCGCUCUUCGACCCCAAGGAGCGGGUGCUGAAGCUGGGCGAGACCUUCGAGAAGCAGCCGCGCUGCGCCUUCCACACCGUCCGCUAUGACUUUAAGCCUGCGUCUAUCGAUACAUCCUGUGAAGGAGACCUGGAGGUUGGCAAGGGGGAACAGGUGACGAUAACGUUGCCAAAUAUUGAGGGCUCAACUCCACCAGUGACUGUGUUCAAGGGCUCAAAGAAGCCUUACCUAAAAGAAUGUAUCUUAAUUAUCAAUCAUGACACUGGAGAAUGUCGCCUAGAGAAACUCAGUAGCAACAUCACCGUGAAAAAAACGAGAGCUGAAGGAAGCAGCAAGGUCCAGUCUCGUAUCGAGCAGCAACAACAGCAAAUGCGAAAUGCAACCAAGACUCCAAACAACGUUAAAAAUUCUCCGCCAAAAGAAAAGAUGUUUCUGUCUUCUCCUAUGGAUGACAUCGAACGAGAGCUAAAAGCAGAAGCCAGUAUCAUGGACCAGCUGAGCAGCUCUGACAGUUCGUCUGACUCUAAAAGUUCUUCAUCCUCUUCAUCCAGUAGUGAAAAUAGUUCCAGUGAUUCUGAAGACGAGGAAGCAAAGCCCUCUCUUCCUAUGUCAAUGCCGUAUUUGCAGCCACAGCCUACUGUGUCUGCCAUACCACAACAGGCUGUCCCUGACAAAGAUGCCAGUCAUAACAGAUCCCAAGAGAGCAGUGGUCAUAUGAUGAAUACACUACGAAAUGACUUGCAGCUGAGUGAAUCUGGAAGUGAUAGUGAUGACUGAACAAAGUUUUGGCCUUAAACGUAUCACCUUUUUUGCUAAAUAUGUCUUAGCAUCUGUUUUGCACUAAGAUUAGAUUACCAGAGACUGGAAUGAAUGUCCUCGAUUUUGAUAAUAAAGACAUCCUAAUUUUCUACUGACACAUCGCGUCUAUAACACAGCAGCAUUGAUACGUUGUCAGUGCUAUGGUUAUGUGUUUACCUUUCAAAUUACUGUAUUUACAGUAAAAUUGUGUAUGAUCUGAUUUUGAUUAUUUUGCCUCAGCCACCUGUUGUACUUGAAACUGAUUUGUAACAGCUAGUUACUUUAUAUAAAUAGUUAUGAAAUGGAGGAAUUUCUGAUAUUUAUGGAGGCAAGUUUCCUUCCUAUCAUUUAAAUGUUGAAUGCUGAUCUUACAGCUUUAACUUGGAGGGUGUAAAAGGGAGAGCAACUAAAUGAGGUCUGCUGUGUCAGCUACACUUUUUGUUCAGUUCACAGUUCAUACCUUUAAGGAAACUGCUGAAUAAUGUGGUCCACUAGUGCAGUUACAGUUUACAAUUGUUCAACACAUUGCUGAAUCCUUAAUUUCAUUGUAUUAUAGGACUUUAUAUUUCUGAGCCUCAAGAUUCCUGAGGGAACUUGUCUAUUCUCUGCCUUUUUUUAAUGUAACUUGAACAGGCCGGUCUUUUUACAACCUUUUUGUAUCUAAAUUUAGAUAACUGUGGAGACAGCAAUGAUUUUUCUUCAUGUAAUUCUGUAACGGAAAUCAGAAAUUUUCUUUGUAGAAGUAUAAAAGUAAUUUAAUAAAGCAAUAUUUAUCAUUUUG